AUGUCUCAAGUCACUAUCCUCGUCAAAAACAACUCUGGCGCCAGCCACAGUUACUUCCUCUUCGUCAAGGCCCCAGAGGUCUUCUCCAACGUCUAUAUCGCCGCUCCCCCUACCCCCUCCGGCAAUGGCACGGCCAAGUUCAUUGCCAAGAAGGACUACUUCGCUGUCUGCGGUACCAACCCAGGUCAGCAGCUACGCAAGAAUGUCCAGGUCACCACCGGCGACUGGGGCAUCGCCAAGCUCAACCAGGGGGGCAAACUCGGCAGCAGCUUCACCAUGACCGGUGCGGACGGCGGUGCAGCCUUUGACGGAGCGCUCCUCAAGCAGGCUUGUUCGCAGCCUGGUUCUUUCUCCAUUGAGUCGACCAACUUUCUGUUCGGCAACGGUUCCAAUCAGUUCGUUGGUCUCGGUGCUCAGGACCCCAUGGACGCGACCAACAUCGUCCCCGUCGCGACUUUCCUGGCCCAGCCCAACACCACCUCGUACAUCCGGCCACGCAACCAGUACUACAUCUCCUGGGGCACCUACGUCGCCGGCGAGAUCAUCGAUGUCACUACCAUCGCGGAGCCCUGCGAGAUCGACUUCACAGGCAAGGCUGCCACGCUGGCCAAGGUUGAGCACCGCCUCGAUGGCACCUGGGCCAUCACGUUCAACUAG